UUCUAGUUGACGGCAGUAGUGUUUUUCCUAUUUAAAGUUUUCUCAUGCACCACCUUGUUACUCAAAUAACUCCUUCUCAUAUAAUUCCUUCUCUCUCUCUCUCUCUUUUUCUUCUUCUUUAUUUCUUCUCGUUUGUACACAUUAUGACUGCAAACAAAGUCUAUGUUAUUGGUGUUGGUAUGUCCAAGUUUAUUAAACCUCGUGGUGAAGUAGACUAUCCAGAAUUUGGCCUUGAAGCAGCAGUCAAGGCAUUAAAUGAUGCUGGUAUUACUUAUGAUGCUGUUGAAUAUGCUACCGUAGGUUAUGUCUAUGGUGAUAGUACUGCAGGUCAACGUGUCUUGUAUCAACUGGGUAUGACUCAAAUUCCUAUUAUCAAUGUCAACAACAACUGCUCUACUGGUUCCACUGCACUCUACCAAGCCAAGAACGCUGUUGCUUCAGGCUCUGUUGAAUGUGCUAUGGCUCUUGGAUUUGAGCGUAUGGCUAGAGGCUCACUUUCUUCUACUUUUUCUGACCGCACUAAUCCUAUGGAUCACGUCAGCACCAUCAUGGCCCAAGAACGUGGAUUCGAACCCAAAGCACCUCCUGCUGCACAAAUCUUUGGUAAUGCCGGCAUGGGUUACAUGGAAAAAUACGGUGCUACUGAAGAACACUUGGCUAAAAUUGCAGAAAAAAAUCAUCGUCACAGUGCCUUGAACCCAUACUCUCAGUUCCGCGAUGUGUACACACUUGAACAAAUCAAGCAAUCGCCCAAGGUCUUUGGUCCUCUCACAAAACUCCAGUGCUGUCCUACAUCCGAUGGUGCAGGCUGUGCUAUCGUAGCCAGUCAAGCCUUUGUUGAAAAGCAUCAAUUAUGGGACCAAGCUGUGGAGAUUGUGGCUCAAGUGAUGGCCACAGAUUCACCUCUUAUGCUCUCCACAGAUGCGAUUGAAUGGGCCGGUUGUGACAUGACUCGUCGUGCUGCUGCUGAAGUGUACAAGAAGGCCAAGAUCACACCUAAUGAUGUGCAGGUGAUUGAACUACAUGAUUGUUUCUCAGCCAAUGAACUCUUGACCUAUGAGAGUCUGGGAUUAACGCCUAAAGGAAAAGCGCAUACGUUGAUUGACAGUAACGAUAAUACGUAUGGUGGCAAGUAUGUCAUCAAUCCUUCAGGAGGUUUGAUCUCUAAAGGACAUCCCUUGGGUGCUACAGGUUUAGCUCAAUGCACAGAACUUGUUUGGCAGUUGCGUCACUGGGCAGGCGAUCGUCAAGUGCCUAAUGCUUCUUGCGCUCUUCAGCAUAAUGUGGGCUUAGGUGGUGCUGUCGUAGUCACCGUCUAUAAGAAGGCUAACAAUGCACGCACUCAGCCUCGUGUAGGCUAUAACCCAGCUGUUGAAGCCAGAGGCAUCACUCAAGCUGAUUACGAUAAAGCAGCCUCAAAACAAAGAGCUGAAUUCUUGCAAGCCAAAUUGUAAUCCAGUAGCAAAUAAAAUUCUUAUCCGUAAUUUGGUACUAUAAACAAUUCUAUUUAUGUUCUUUUAUUGUUAUCCUCAGAAGAAAAUCUCCUAGAGCCAGAUAUCUGACUGAAGCUAAUUAUUAUCUUAUGGAGACACUCCUUCCCUGCCGCCGCCCCCCCCUCCUCCUCUCGACCUUCUACACAAAUCAUGUGCUUCAAGUACUAAAGUUUAUCAAGGAUAAAGACGAUAGGUACUUUCCCUAGAGACUCAUGCCAUGGGAAACCUUCAGCUCUAAAGAUCAAUAAUAAUAACUUUCCUAAUUAGUUAUUUCAAGUCUAAGGUAUAUCAAAAGAAUUUCAAAAUGCGAAAAGUUGAAUUAGGAAAUUCCACUAGUUCAGCUAAAAAAAACCAACAAAUAAGUUUGCAUUCUUUUUUUUUUCUCUCUCCUUUUUUUUUUUUGGUUGAU